AUGGUUUAUCUCACCCGUGAACUGAGCUCGGCCACCAGCCCCGCUGCUCAAGCACCACAUCGUCCCAUCCGCGCAGAUACGCUCGACCUCAAGCAGAAGCUCGCCGUAGCUCUGGGUCAAAAUGGCACCCGCUAUUGGCAGACGCUAGUGCAAUUUCUCAAGGGCGCCAUCGAUCGUACAGAAUUCGAAGCGCUAGCACACAAAGCACUAAAGACAGAGCAUAUCCAUCUACACAAUGCUCUCAUCCUCGGAAUCCUCUAUAAUGCCAGCGCCGACGUGCCUGGUCCUUCCAGCCGCGCUGCUAGACGGAUCACGCGUCUUCUUCCGGAUGGAACCACUGUUACCGAAGAGGAAGAGGAAGAGCCAAGUCGCAAACGUCUCCGCAAUCUCGUCGCCGGUCUCCCGCGAAAGGAGCGCCUGCGUCUCAAGAACCUCGAAAAAGCCGGCAAGCUUGGCGCCAACGCCGUCGGUGGAGCUGCCAGCUUGGGCUGGGCCGGUUCCGCCGCAGACAUGCUCGAGAAGAAGCGCAAGGACGAAGAAAAGCGCAAGGUCGCCGAGGAGCGUAGGAAGGUAAGACAGUACAAGAGCGCCAUCGGCGCCAAGGACUGGAAGGGCCAAGCAGUCCAGGCUACUCAGCAGAUCGCCGCCGUGCGCACCAAGCUCUCCUUCUCCGCCCAACAAGCCGUCAUGCGUGCCAUGCAGGCACCGCUGUGCGUCGAAUCCAAACACCUGCCUGAUUUGGACGGCAUCAAGGACCGCAUGACGCUACUCGCAGUGGAAAACGGCAUGCCGGGGGGCGUGCAACCCCAAGCCGCUGCCAUGGUACUCUCAGCCCUUCAAAGUCACCUGCAGAAUGUCGCCAGCAGCAUCAUCUCCAAGAUUCGCCCCAACAGGACCGACGGCAUCCGCACCAACGAGCCCCUGCGCCCAGCCGCCGAGUACAGCAACAUCAGCCUCGACCCUGCCUCGUGCAUGCCCGUAACAGCACUUGGCGCUUCACCGCCGCUUGACGACAUGGACAUCGACGACAGCGCGCCCAACUCGGCACAUGGCAGUCCCGUUCGCCACAUCCAGUCGAUUCAGUCAGACAUGUCUUCGCGCACCAGUACCUCCGGCAUCGGAACGUCGUUUGCCGACUCGUCGGUGCUUUCGCUUGCCAGCACGGCUCCGACUAGCUUGACAGGCCCUUCGUCACCCUCCGUCCGUGAUAGCGACAGCAGCGGUCAGCUGCACGAUACGUCGUUUGGCAACAGCAGCACCAGCGCUGAUGCGGAGGACGCGGACGCAGGUGAAGCGGGACAUCGAUCGAGUCGGCUCAAGCGAUCGCGUGAGGCUAUGGAAGCUGGUGGCGCAGGUGGGGCUGAGCGGUCGGAUGCGGUCAGCACACGCUUGACUGUUUCCGACGUGGCGUUUUUGCUGGAGGUUGCGCCGCAUACUGUGGUGGAGCCCAUGGGGCAGGGGACGCAGGAGCGAAUGCUGGCGCCGGAGUGGAGUGGUGAUGCUGUGUUUGGGGAGGACGAUGGUCGCUUGCGUGCGUCUUCGCCAGAACGACAGCUUGCCAGAGCAGCGCGUCUGGCAGCAACGACGCACCUGAGCGAAACCGCAGCAGCUCAGGGAGCAGACGCGCCCGUCCGCAACCGCUUCAUCAUCGACCAAUCCGCGCCACUGAAGCUGCUCGAUCGUCGGUCGUUGGCCGAGAACGAGGGUAGGCUGAGACCCACAAAGGGUGGGCUGACCGUGCCGGAGUACAAAGAUCCUAGUGCGGUGUUGGCCGACGUCAACGGAAGGAAGAAGGAUACUCUCCAUUCAAGUGGUGGGGUGGGGGCGUUGGCGGCGCAUCGGCAUAAGGAUGAUAUUUGGGAUGUGGUUGACCCGGUGGUGCUGUUUGGUCAGCUUUGCGAGUGA